GCAGCCGGCGCCCCGCGGGCGCCCAGCCCGGCGCGCCCCGCGGCGGCGGGGGAGGAUGGAAACACCCUUCUACCAUGACGAUGUGUUGAGCGGCUUCGGCAGCGGCUCGGCCCCGUCCCGCGGCAGCAGCAGCGGCCUCGCCCGGCCCUUCCCCGGCGGCAGCAUGAUGAAGAAGGACGCGCUCGCCCUCAGCGACCAGGUGGUGGCCACCCUGAAGGCGCCCGGCCAGGCGCUCCACCAGCUGCGGGGCGCGGCCGGCGGCGGGGGCGAGGGCCCGGCCCUGCUGAGCUCCGCCGAGCUGGGGCUGCUGAAGCUGGGCUCGCCCGAGCUCGAGCGGCUCAUCAUCCAGUCCAACGGGCUGGUGACCACCACGCCGACCAGCAGCCAGUUCCUCUACCCCAAGGUGGCGGCCAGCGAGGAGCAGGAGUUCGCCGAGGGCUUCGUCAAGGCGCUGGAGGAUCUGCACAAGCAGAACCAGCUGGGGGCGGGCGGCGGCGCCGCCGGGGGCCCGCCCGGGGACCUGCCCCCCGCCGCCAGCCUGGCCCAGCAGCCGCCGCCGCCGCCCCCCGAGCCGCCGGUCUACGCCAACCUGAGCAGCUACCCCGGCACGACGGUGAACUACGCCACCGAGACCGUGCCCUACCCGCCGCCGCCAGGGCUGGGGGGCGCCCCGCCGCACCCGCGCCUCCAGCCGCCGCCGCUCAAGGACGAGCCGCAGAUCGUGCCCGAGGUGCCCAGCUUCGGCGAGAGCCCGCCGCUGUCGCCCAUCGAUAUGGACACGCAGGAGCGCAUCAAGGCGGAGCGCAAGCGGCUGCGGAACCGCAUCGCCGCCUCCAAGUGCCGCAAGAGGAAGCUGGAGCGGAUCUCGCGGCUGGAGGAGAAGGUGAAGAGCCUCAAGAGCCAGAACACGGAGCUGGCCUCCACCGCCAGCCUCCUGCGCGAGCAGGUGGCGCAGCUCAAGCAGAAGGUGCUGAGCCACGUCAACAGCGGCUGCCAGCUCCUGCCGCAGCAGCACCAGGUGCCGGCCUACUGAGCGCCGGGCCGGGGCUGUGCGUGCCCGGGACUGAGCGCCGGGCCGGGCCGGGGCUGUGCGGGGCCGGGGGCUGUGCGUGCCCGGGCCCCGGGACUGAGCGCCGGGCCGGGCGCCUCAAGACUCGGAACUGCCCCCGUCUUGCAGGGGGCCCCGCUCCCUCAGCCGGGACCCGCAGCUCCUGGCGAGCGCUGCGGCGCGGACUCCUGCCCUCGCCAGGGACCGGACAAGCUCGGCCCGCGGGCUCCGAGCGCACCAAUCCAGAGACUGCAGAGCUACUGGGGUUCCGCCUCGGCAGAGCCGGGCCCGGGGCGGCCCCAGGCGAUAAGCUGAAGUGUUCUGUUGUUUGAAGUGUUCUUGCUCUAUUUAUGUUUAUACUGGGCCCAAUGUUCCUCCCCCUUGUUCUGUGCGCCACAUUCCAGUGUGCAGUAAAGUCUUGUGCCGGGA